AUGGAAGCUGUUAAGCUGGCACCAAGCGAAACAAGAGACGCUUACAGAGUUACAUACAUAAUCCAUUUCUUGCUCGGCGCAGGAAACUUACUUCCUUGGAAUGCAUUCAUCACAGCAGUUGAUUACUUUGCCUACUUAUAUCCAACCAAUCACAUUGAGAAAGUUUUCUCCGUGGCCUACAUGGUUUCAUCUGUUUUUGUACUUCUUGUGAUGAUGAGUUGGGGAGGUUGGAGUAAGACAACACUAAGGUUGAGAAUGAACUUGGGAUUUUCAAUGUUUGUUAUGUCUCUAAUGGUAGCUCCUGUCAUCGAUUGGGCCUCGAGUAGCUCGAAGCUGAAAGAGAGACCGAGCGGUGCUUAUGGCAUGACAGUUGCAGCUGUUGUUACAUGUGGUUUGGCAGAUGGAGUUGUUGGUGGAAGCUUGAUAGGAUCAGCAGGAAAGCUUCCAAAACAGUAUAUGCAAGCUGUUUUUGCUGGAACUGCUUCUUCAGGUAUUAUAAUUUCAAUCUUGAGGGUAAUAACAAAGGCAUCACUACCUCAAACCCCAAAGGGUCUUAAAAUAAGUGCUCACUUGUACUUCAUGGUAUCCAUAGUUUUCCUUCUAUGUUGCAUUGUGUUUAGUAACUUGCAACACAAGUUACCUGUUAUGCAGCAGUAUCAACAGAGUCAACUUCAGGAUAGUGCCUUAUGCUCCAAGACAAAAUUCUGUGAAGUGGCAGGGAAAAUCAAGGGGCCGGCUUUCGGAAUUUUCAUUAUCUACAUAGUAACUCUGUCUAUCUUUCCAGGAUUUAUUGCAGAAGAUCUUGAAUCCAAGGUUCUUAAGGAUUGGUAUCCGAUAAUAUUGAUUACAGUUUAUAAUCUAGCCGAUCUUAUGGGAAAAUCAUUAACUGCUUUCUAUGUUCCACAAUGUAUCAAAAGAGCUAUAUGUGCUGCCACAGCAAGACUAUUAUUCUAUCCACUUUUUAUUGUUUGUCUUCAUGGACCCAAUUGGUUGAAAACCGAAGUUCCAAUGAUUGUUCUGACGUUUCUGCUUGGAUUUACCAAUGGAUACCUCACUAGUGUUCUUAUGAUUCUAGCUCCUAAGUCAGUACCUUUCUCGGAAUCAGAGUUGUCGGCUAUUGUGAUGACCGCGUUCCUCGGAUUCGGGUUGGUUGGUGGUUCAGUCCUCGGUUGGUUCUGGAUAUUGUGA